AUGUCUCGCGCCGGAUUAUGGGCGAAGGUCAUCAUUGGUGGUAUCGCCCUGUCCGUUGGAGGCCCUGCCUUCGUGGAAUACAUUCGACCAACCGAUGAGGAACUUAAAAAGCGGUAUAGCCCGGAGCUCCAGAAGCGCAGUGCUGAGCAGGGAGAGCGCCGCGCUCAGGAGUUUGAUGAUUACGUUACCAAGCUGAAGGAGUGGUCCAAGUCUGACAAGUCCAUCUGGUAUGCUGCGCAGGAAGAGUUAGAGCGGAAGCAAGCAAUUAUCGAGGCUCAACGGGCCAAGGCGAAGGAGGAGACCCGCAUACAAAAGGAGGAGAUGCGCAAGGAGAUGCUGGGUGAGGACAAAUAG